AUGGAGGAAGCUAAACUGUCGGAAACGCUCUCAGAAGCAAAGAGAUUCGAGGACGAAGGACAAGUAGUCAAAGCGAUAGAGUGCUACACCUCGGUGAUUGACGGAUGUCAGGUGUAUUUACAAAACACGGUCACACAAGAUUCAAGCAAUACUAAUGUCUCUAAACUUCUGGCCCUAGCAUACAACAACCGAGGUUACCUGAAAUAUUUACAGGUGGAUUUUGACGAAGCUUCGGAGGAUUACACCUGCUGUCUGGGUCAGGACAGGACGAUGUACAUGAGCUUCCACAACAGGGGCAUGAUUCACUACAGACUGGGACGUUUUAGUCAGGCUGUGGAAGACUUAACAGAAGCGCUGAAACUACAACCGGACUUUGAGCCAGCUCAGAAAUGUUUAGAACAAAGUCUGAUAGAUCUGAAAAGAACAAGGACCAGUGCCAGAUAG